UAUGUUAAGGUUGUUCCAUGCAAAAUUCGUUAGUCCUAAGUUACUACCACAUGCACCAAAACUUCUCACGUUCCAACUUUUGUUCCCUCCUCCCAAAUGUUAUUCCCUUCUCUUUGAAACCUCUCUUCACUUUUAUGCCAUUUCUUCAUACCGUUGUGACUCUCUUCUUUCCACCUUGCUCCUUGCUCUGAAAUCUUCAUCUUCUGUUUCCUGCUGCAGGGUCAUUCAUGCCCAAGUGAUCAAAUCACUGGAUUUCAGAGAUGGGUUCAUUGGUGAUCAGUUGGUUUCAUGCUACCUUAACAUGGGUUCCACCCCAGAUGCACAGAAUUUGUUUGAUGAAAUGCCAUACAAGGAUUUUGUCUCUUGGAACUCUUUGGUUUCUGGGUUUUCGAAAAAGGGAGAUCUUGGUAAUUGCAUGAGUAUGUUUUCUGCGAUGAAAUAUGAAAUGGCAUUGAUAUUGAAUGAGCUUUCGCUCAUAUCUGUUAUCUCAGCUUGUGCUUAUGCGAGAGCUCGGGAUGAAGGUUGGUAUCUUCAUUGUUGUGCAGUGAAAUUGGGUAUGGAGUUGGCGGUGAAGGUUGUUAAUGCUCUCAUUAAUAUGUAUGGAAAGUUUGGUUGUGUUGAGUCUGCUUUCAAGCUGUUUUGGGCUAUGCCAGAGCAGAACGUGGUGUCAUGGAAUUCAAUGGUGGCUGUUUGGACACAGAAUGGAAUCCCUCGUGAAGCUUUUAAUUAUUUUAAUAUGAUGAAGGUGAAUGGGCUUUUUCCUGAUGAAGCCACAAUGGUGAGCUUGCUUCAAGCCUGUGAAAUUUUGCCUUUAGGAAGAUUGGUAGAGGCCAUACAUGGUGCAAUCUUUUCCUGUGGUCUAAAUGAAAAUAUAACAAUUGCAACCGCCCUUUUGAACUUGUACUCAAAGUUAGGGAGAUUGAAUGUUUCUCAUAAGGUCUUUGAAGAGAUAAACAAGCCUGAUAAAGUGGCAUUGACAGCAAUGCUUGCAGGGUAUGCCAUGCAUGGGUGUGGGAAAGAAGCAAUAGAGUUCUUUGAAAGGUCUGUAAAGGAAGGUAUGGAGCCUGACCAUGUUACUUUUACUCAUUUGUUAAGUGCUUGCAGCCAUUCAGGGCUUGUCAAGGAAGGGAAGCACUACUUUCAAAUCAUGUCUGAUGUUUACAGAGUUCAGCCCCGAAUGGAUCACUAUUCAUGUAUGGUUGAUCUUCUUGGCCGCUGCGGUCUGCUCAAUGAUGCUCAUGAGAUGAUAAAAAACAUGCCAUUAGAGCCAAAUUCUGGUGUUUGGGGUGCCCUUCUUGGUGCUUGUAGGGUUUAUCGUAACAUUAAUCUUGGGAAGGAGGCUGCGGAGAAUUUGAUUGCAUUAGAUCCUUCAGACCCAAGAAACUAUAUCAUGCUUUCCAACAUAUAUUCUGCUGCUGGUCUGUGGAGUGAUGCAGCGAAAAUGAGGGCUUUAAUGAAGACUAAAGUUCUUACAAGAAACCCUGGAUGCAGUUUUAUUGAGCAUGAGAAUAAAAUUCACCGUUUUGUGGUAGAUGAUUAUUCUCACUCUGAUUCAGAUAAAAUACACAAAAAACUGGAAGAGCUUAUGAGAAAAAUUCAAGAGGUUGGCUUUGUGUCUGAAACUGAACCCAUUCUCCACGAUGUUGAUGAAGAGGUGAAAACAGAUAUGAUCAAUAAGCACAGUGAGAAGAUAGCUCUUGCUUAUGGACUUUUGGUUAGUAGGGCUGAUGUGCCAUUAGUUAUAGUAAAAAAUCUCAGAAUAUGCCGUGAUUGCCACAACACUGCAAAAUUUACCUCCCUGGUAGAGAAGCGUACUAUCAUUAUCAGAGAUUCAAAGCGAUUUCACCACUUUUCAGAUGGAUUAUGUUCUUGUGGUGAUUAUUGGUAG